AUGCCUUCUGUCGAGACCAACGGCUCGAAUGGGGACUCGUCCUACAAGUUCUUCAACGUAAUCGACGGGAAGCCCCGUCCCUCCAAGGACCACCACCAAGUCAUCGAUCCCCGUACGGAAGAACCGCUCUGGGAUGCCCCUAUUGCCACCCCACAAGACCUCGACGAUGCUGUCGCGGCGGCAACGCGCGCGUUCAAGACGUGGAAGAACAGCACCACCGCUGAGCGGCAAAAAGCUGUCCACGAGGUCGCCGAGGUCAUUCUGAAGAAUGUCGACAUAUUGGCAGAGGUGCAGAUGAGGGAAACCGGCAAGUCCAAGACUAUGUCAAAGUUCGACGUCGAGAGGGCUGCGUGGCACUUUGAGUACUACAGGAACGUGACACUGGAGGACGAGCUCCAAUACGAAGACGACACCGUCCAGAUCUACAGCACGCACCAGCCGAUCGGCAUCCUCGGCGCCAUCUCGCCCUGGAACUUCCCCAUGAUCCUCUCCGUCAUCAAGGUCGUCUCCGCGCUGGCCACGGGCAACUGCGUCAUCAUCAAGCCCUCCCCCUUCACCCCCUACUCCCUGCUCAAGUUCUGCGAGCUCGCCCAGUCCGUCCUCCCGCCCGGCGUCUUCCAGGUCCUCAACGGCGGCGCCGAGCUCGGCGAGCAGAUGACCCUGCACCCGGGGAUCCACCACAUCAGCUUCACGGGCACCAUCGCCGUCGGCCAGCGGAUCCUGCAGAACUGCACCAAGACCCUCAAGAAGGUGAUCCUCGAGCUGGCCGGCAACAACGCGUGCAUCGUGUGCGAGGACGUCGACCUCGCCAAGGUGGUCCCCCUCGUCGCGAGCGGCGCCCUGUUCCACGCCGGCCAGGUCUGCGUCGCCAGCAAGCGCAUCUACGUGCACGAGUCCCUGUACGACCGCUUCCUCGACAUGCUCGUCGAGGAGUCCAAGAAGUACGUCGUCGACGACGACGAAAACUCCCCCGCCUUCUCCCCGCUCUCCAACAAGGUCAACUACGACCGCGCCGUCGGCAUCGUCGAGGACUGCAAGAAGAACGGCUACAAGAUCGUCACCGGCGGCGACGUCAAGCCCACCGGCAAGGGCUACUGGAUCACCCCCACCAUCGUGUCGAAGCCGCCCGAGGACUCCCUGAUCGUGAGGGAGGAGCAGUUUGCCCCCAUCGUCCCCGUCCUCUCCUGGACCUCCGAAGCCGACGUGAUCGCGCGCGCCAACCUCGACAACGCCGGCCUCGGCGCCUCCGUCUACACCCCGGACCUGGCGCGCGCGCGGAAGAUCGCCGCCCAGCUCGAGUCCGGCACCGUCUGGAUCAACCAGUUCGAGCGCCCCCACCACGCCGGCUUCUUCGGCGGCUGGAAGCUCAGCGGGUACGGCGGCGAGCUCGGCAAGGAGGGGCUGCUGCACUAUUCGCAGAUCAAGACCUUGCAGAUCGCCAAGUGA